AUGACAGGAGAGUACAAAGAUACUGAGCUCAUAAACCUCAUAUCAGGAGAAACAUGGGGCUACUGCACAACGGAUUCCUUCGGAAUGGGAAUGGACGUUCCUGAUAUCAUGCUUAUUAUCCAAUGGCGAGCAAUGUGCAAGCUGACGACUCUUUGGCAACGGUUUGGAUGUGCAGUACGAGAUAGAAGCCUUCAAGGUACAGCAUUGCUAUUCGCGGAGAAGGAGUACUUUGACGAUGAACGACAGGCUAAAGCAGCAAGGAAAAAGAUGCGGGAGACAAAUCAGAAGAGAAAG